AUGAUUCCAGAAGCACGAGUAGCACAAUCAAACGAGAACACGUGUAGUGAUUACUCUGCUGAAGAAAAGCAAAGGGCUCAGCUUGAAGUUCAUAAGGACAAUGGUGACAUUUCAUGUACCAUUUGGUCGCAAAACACAGAUGUAAACAGUCGAAUAGAGCCAUUGUCGCCCACUGAGCAUCCUGACAAACCCGAUUCGAGAGAUGGUAAAAUAGAGAAAUCGGAACAGGAACUGGCAGGUGUGGAGAAAGCUAAGAAACUUCGUGAACUUUGGACUUUAAAAAGCCUGUGUGUUGCCUACGCAAGUGUUUUCCUUCUCUGCUUUGUUCUUAAUUUCCAAAUGCAAGUCUACAAUUCACUUUAUGCAUACGCUGUUUCGGCUUUUCAAGCACACUCACUGGUAUCAACAAUUACCACGGUUGCCAACAUUGUCAAUGCUGUUAUGAAGCCUCCGUUGGCAAGAUUAUGUGACGUCUUCGGCAGACUAGAAGCCUUCAGCGUCUCUGUCGUUUGUUUUGUUGUUGGCCUCGUUCUUGUAGCAACGUGCAAGAAUGUUCAGACAUACGCUGGUGGUGUGGUGCUGUAUAAUGUUGGCUACACCGGUCUUGAAUUCAUUAUCACUGUGUUUCUUUCUGAUACUUCGAGUCUUGCGGCUCGUCCGUUAAUGUUAGGCACUUCGAUGCUUCCAUCUCUUGUCAAUAUUUGGAUUGGACCGCUAGUUGGACAAGCGUUUUACAGGCAUUCAACUUGGAGAUGGGGCAUUGGUGUUUGGGGUGCUAUCGUUCCUGUGUGUGCGCUUCCAUUCUUCAUCGUUUUCUAUGUCUAUCAGAGGAAGGCCAGUCAGCUAGGUCUGGUAAAACCUCAAGCAAAAACUAAAAUAGGUCGUUUUCUUCAGCAAUUCGACUUCAUAGGCAUUUUCUUCAUGUCUGCUGGUUUCUGUUUACUGCUUAUCACUCUUACGAUUGCCGGAUAUGAUGGUAAUAAAUGGAAACAACCACUUUAUAUUAUUAUGCUUAUUCUGGGUGUUGUUUUUCUUAUUCUAUUUGUGUUUUAUGAAAUGAAGCUGGCAAAAUUCCCGGCUAUCCCUUUCCACCUUAUGCGAGAGCCAACUGUUUCCGCAUGCUGUGUAAUUGUCUUUCUCGUGUACUUCACGUACUAUUGUUGGGAUAAUUACUUGACAAGUUUUCUCCAAGUUGUACAUUAUACUACCAUCAAUUCAGCGGGACACAUCUCAAAUAUAUUCUACUUUUGCUCGGCACUAUCAGGUUUGUUUGUCGGUAUCCUGGUUCGCAUUUACAAGCGUCCCAAAUUAUUCCUUUUUCUUGCGAUACCCAUUACUAUUCUUGGUCAGGUUUUAAUGAUCCGUUACCGUGGAACACAGUAUAAUUGGGGCUAUCAAGUAAUGCCACAAAUAUUCGUUUCCGUUGCUGAUGGUGUCAUCACGACUCUGAUGUUUGUAUGCAUUCAAUCGGUUGGUAAGCAAGAAAACUUUGCUAUGCUCACAGCGCUUUUGUAUACUGUCAUUUCCGUUGGUAGUGCAGUUGGAAGUUCCGUUUCCGGUACCAUUUGGAUUAACACGAUGCCGAGUCGUCUAAAUAAAUAUCUACCCGAUGAUUACAAAAACCAAAGUACAACUAUAUUUGAAAGUUUGGUAACUCAAUUGAGUUUCCCUCGCGGCUCUAACGUAAGGAAUGCCAUCAUUCAUGCAUAUGAAGAUGUCCAACGCAUAUUAACAAUCGUCUCAACUGCCUUCUCUGCGACAUUGUAUAUUCCUUUGUGGUUCGUUGCCAAUCCCAAGUUAUCAACCAAAAACGUAUCCCUCUUUGAAGAUGAAAAAGAGAAAAAAGGUCAAAUUGUUUAGACAAUCCGGUUAUCCUCGUUCCUGUUAUGUUGAUUCAUUCCGACUAUUGCGUUUAUUGUUUUCAUUCUACUCCUUCUCUAUUGAUCAUCUCCGCGUUAAUAAGGGCUCUUUUACCGAACGCACGCUUGUUUUUAAUAUUUGUUUUUCAUAUAGUUUAUUCAAUAAUUGUAGAAUAGGUUCUUCUUUCCAUAUUAUUAUUAUUAUUAUUAAAGUUCAAAGUUGAAUAUACAUUUUUGU